AUGUGCAUCGCGUUCAUCCGAGUGGCUCGAACGAAACUAGACAGGUACAAACUGAUUCUGCUGAACAAUCGCGAUGAACAGCUGCACCGUCCGACGGCUGCGAUGCACUGGCACGAUGGGAUCCUCAGUGGUAUGCUCACUCAGAGUCGGCCAGAGUAAACUGGAAAAGGUUCAGGCGUCGACGAGCAAGACGUCGCCCGAGGGACGUGGAUGGGGCUGAAUGAGCGGGGAAGAGUGGGAAUGAUGCUGUCGAUCACUCAGCCGCAAUCAUCGAAAGAUGCGAGCGCCUCGAGCCGAGGAGGCAUUCUGAACGCGUUCCUGAACGCAGAGGAUACUUCUGAAAUGAUGGAGUCUUUGAGCGAAACUGCGCAUAAAUACAAUGGAUUUCAACUAGUUGGCAUUGAAAGGUUCUAGUUAAUAGUUCGGUUUCUCAUUUACCACUUUGCAUUUCAGAAACAAAGAUGAAUUGUACGAUGUGAAGACGUUGACCAACCAGCAAGUGGACACUAUUGAAGUAUGCAAAUGGGACAAUGGUCGGCAGAUUCCUCUGAAUAAGCACACUAACGCAUAGGUUUCUUUUAGAAUUCCAUGUCAUCUCAAACAGUCCUCCGUCUAAACCGUACAAAAAAGCGGAAUACGGAAAGCAACUCCUGCAGGACCGUCUUCAGAAUUCCAACAAAAUGACGGUGGAGGAGGUGUUCGAAGAGUUGAUAGGGAUCGGAACGGACAAAACCGCCUGCUAUCCGGAUUCUCAACUUCAAUUGCAGACAGCGAAUUCAGAUGAGUACAACCUUCCGCUGUCGUCAAUAUUCAUCAAAUAUCCGGAGGGAACUAGAGAGUACGUUUCCUUCGGAUUCUCUGAUGCACCUGUAGAUUCAAUUUCAGAUACGGAACUCGUUGUCAUACUCUCUUAGCAAUUGACCAGAACGAUCGGGUCUCAGUGCUCGAGCGACGGCUUCUUCCCCUGGAAUCCACGUGGCAUGACACUCGCUUCGAAUUCGUCCUCGCCUGA